AUGUACGCGGCGGCGGGCGGCGCGUCGCUCGCGGGCCGUAAGGCGCGCCAGCACGGCCGCCAGCCCGCGCCGCCGAGCCCGCGCCCGCGCAGUCCGCUCCACCCGGCGCCCACCGGCGUCCGCGCCUACUCCUGCCAGCACUGGGAGUCUCGCCUCCUCGCCCCCCCGCCGUCGCGCCCCCUCUCCGCCCCUCUAUCCGAGCCCUCAUCGCCAUGCGAUGUCGUCGAGUGCGCAGCUGGGCGCGCGGCGUGGCAGGAGGCGGCGGCGUUGUCGGUGGGUGGCGGCGGCACGGGCGCGGGCGGCGCCGCGCGGCGCUGCUCUGUGCUCGGAGACCAUCCGGGCUCCAGAAGAGACCCCAGGGGAAAAUGGCACAGGAACAACCGGGUUCGCGACGCGUCGUACGGCUCGUCAUCGGACUCGGACGGGGAGGUGGAGGGAGCGAACGGCGACACGUGGGGCGUCGCAAGACUGCUCUACGCCGGCCUCGGCACGCUCGCCGUCGGACUCGUCGUCUACUUCGUCGGCACCGGGGACAAGGGUUUCAAAACACCAGCGCUGCGGCUGGUGGGUCCUUCGCUCAUUGUCGCCGGUCUCGCGUGCUGUCUACUGCGUAUUGCCUUUUGCAUAUUUGCGAAGCCUUGUUGUCGAAGACGGACGAACUACAAGGAGAACAGAAGACUGUCCGGGGCCGCAGAGGGGGAAGAAAUGCCUCUGGCGGGCACUGUGGGAACGGGCUCACGAGUGGGCCCCGCGCAGUGCUCGCCCGCGCGCCGUCUCGACGCCUCCUCGUGCGACGUGUCGAGCCUCUCCAGCGGCGAAGAAGACGAGCGCAUGCGCCGAUACCGCACCGCCUCUCUGCAGCCGCCCGCCGUGCAUCAGGUCACAGCACACCAAAACAUCGCGCAGCAAAGCACAUCGCAACAGCGGCAUUCGCUUGCCAGCGCGUCUGCGCAGACUCCGUCGCCGCAGGGCGCCGGUGGCGCGGGUGUGGCGUGUGGCGCGGUGGUGGCGUGUGGCGCGGGUGUGGCGGAGGCGCGCGCGGUGCCGCAGAGCGCGACGCUGGGCGCGCUGCCGAGCGCGCUGGCGCAGAGUGCCGCGUCGGGUCGACGGCCGCCGCCGCGCAACGUGUCCUUCGCCGGCGGCCCGGACGGAGAGCUCGUCCUCAGCCCCGCGCAGCUCCGCUCCUAACCCGAUAAACCCCGCCCGAAGUGACUCACGCGCUGCGACGCUUCGGAUAUCGGUUAUGUGAUUACGUGACACUCGUGACUGUUUUAAACGUUUUUAAGUGAUUUUCUAUUUAAGCUACGAGAUUGUCGAUUAUUUGCAUGUUUGGAUAUAUUAUUAUCGCAAGCUCCUGACGAUGUUCGUGAAUAUAUUUUGCUAGUACCGACCGUAUCGUGGACGCUUUGCGACUACGUUUAAUUUCACCUUUAGAUGGAAGUUGGCUUUCAAUGUCAGUAUGAAGAAAGUUACGAUAUUUUUCGUUUAGUGCUCUUAGUUUGAGUUAUUUAGAUGCUCCCGCCAUGGUUAUACGAAAGGCAUCUAGCGAAUCGCAUCGAAAACUUUUAUCUGGUCUGGUCACCAUUGGCUUCGACACGAGUGACGUGAGGGUUAUCGAUAAAGCUCAAAUUAAGAGCAGUGUCCGUGCCAGACUGCUUCGAUUGAGUGAUGGAGCGAGGUUUAAAGGAGCUGUAAGACCAAUGAAACGAGUAUUAUAUGCAAACAUUCGUGCGGUCUUUCAGCGCCUUCACUAUUUUUACCGUAGUACUCGUAUCAUAUACCUAACUAUAAGCGUUAAUUCUAACUCUGUAGCGAUUUAAUACUGAAUGUGCUAGUUCCAUCCAUAUUGAAGCCAACUGGUAGACACAUCUGAACGAGGUAUGGUUUUUCGCUCGCCGUUAGCAAAUAUAUCUGAAUAUACUGUAAAUGAUAUUAAAAUUAUAAAUAUAUUUUUUGUAGAUAUUAGGCGUCGCGGUUGGUUGCUUAGCGAAAUGUGUAGAGUUCUAAAUGAGAAGCUUCCCGUGUCACGUCCAAUAAGAUAUAAACUUACGAGUGCAUAGAUUUCAUUUUGAAACUAAUUUAUUGCAGCACUCAAAAUUUAAGCACAGGAUUCUCAACUCUAUACCGCUCGCCAUACGAUGCACGCCUAGUAUAUAAAUUAAUUUUGUUAUCUCCUUUGAGGAUCGCAUCAGUCCUUUCGGCUGUGAAACUAGAAAAAAAAUCAUAAUACAUAUUAUCCAAUAGGUACGCCAUUUCAAAAAAAGACCGUACCUCGUCGCAGUUUGGAAUUAAAUAGUUAAAUAUUAUAAACAAUUAUGUUAAAACUGCCUACUAGAUGCGAAUUUAUAUUUAAAUAUAUAAAAAAAUCAUAAAAUAGAUUUAUAACUGACAAUAAUGAUUGUUAACUGAUGUAUAAAAUGUUAUGGCGUAUGUGCGUUAAUUUGGUUUUAAUUAUGUCUGAUUGUAUUUGAGUAGUUCACGCGCCGAGUGUCCAUAUUUGUAUCUCAAUAAUUUAUUUUAAUUUAUAUGUCACUUGUAUUUACUAAAUUUUAAUGGAAAAAUGACUGACUCUUGAUUUAGUUUUAAUAUUUUUUUUCAUUCUGCUAAAUUACUAUGCAUUCCUAUUUCAUACUUAUGUAAGUAUAUUAUUAUAAACAAUUUUAACAAAAUCGUGACAAGUUCAUAGCAUUACAAGUAUCGAUAAUCUUACCACGGCCGAUGAGGGACCUCACUAGUGUGACGUCACGCGGGAGCCGCCCCCGCGCCCCGCCACAGCCCCCGUAGCUCAAGAACUCGCGCGUGGACUGUGUAUAUUUUGUAUCAUAAUAAUUAUGCUUGAUGGUCCAAUAGAAAAUUAAGUUCUGGUUGGCCUUUGACCACUUACUUUUCAUUGUAUUAAGUUAACUAAUAUCGAUGGUACAUUGACUGAUUUAUAUUAUUUUACUUGGCGUAUGAACUACAUAUAAACACCAAAAAUAUAUGAAUAUUUACAUAGUUAGCUAAUAACAUAAAUGUUGGUGUAUAGCUAGUGAUACUGUCUGACAGUGAUGUUUUUAUGUGUAAGUUAUGAUAACAUAAUACAUAAUAUGUGUGUUGCGCGUGCGUUGUAUAUGGCACAGUAUAGAAAAUACCGUUUAUAAAUAUAUUAUAAUAUAUUUUAGAAAUAUUUGCACCUUUAGUAGUGAAAUAUUAACAUGUAUAUCGCAGAUAAUAGUUAGAUUACUUGAUGGCAACACUGAAGUGUCAUCGACAACAUAUUUUGAAAAAUUAAGUUUCUAUAGACGAAACAGAUAUAUAUGUAUACAUAUUGUAAACGUUUUUGAUUAGUUUUUGUCAAUUAUACCUUCGUAAUCAAAUUAAUGUGUAGUUAUUUUGAAUUGUUUAAAUCUAAGAAUUGUCAAUUACUGAUUGUUUUCGGGAUAAGAUUACGCUGUUUUUCUUUGCUGACCGCGACUAGCACCAACUUUUACGCUUCUAAUAUCAAUGCGUUUAUACAUACAUACUACGUGCUAUAUCUACUGUCACUGAUGUUGUGUGACUCUUGCCGAACAGAAAAUCUAAAUUCUCUUUAAAAUUACACUAUUGAAAAUUUUAUGCGAUUAUAAUAUAAAAUGAAAUUAUUUUCAAAAUUAAACACCAGAAUAGUAUAAUCGACGUACAUAAAUAGAUAAUAAGAAAAAUAAUGAGCUUCAUUUAGACUAACUGGCUUAUGUAACAAAGUGUUGUGUACGUUAACGAAAUAGAUGACAUCGUCAUUCACAAUUCCAUUUACUAUUUGGAAUAUUAUGUUGACUAUCAACACUUUCUUUUGGUUUUAUUUUUCAUUAAAUACGAACUAAGCGCACAUAAAACUGGUGACAGGGUUCAUUUCAUUUUUUCUACUGGCGGACGAAUUUUCAUUUACUACUUAAUAGAUUGUUCAGCAGAAUAUUUAAACGCCAUUUCUAUUUUACGACCGAAAAUUCGUCUGCUUAUUUAUAAAAAUAUAUAGAUCGUUUUAUAAAAGUAAAUUCUACGUCAUUCAAUCUUUCGCUUCACCGUUCCGAAGACACCAAUGUUUUAAAAUUAGUUUACUAUCGUCAUUUUGUAUAUAAGCAAUGGACAUUGAGUAUUAAUAAGUUUUUAUUGGUAAAUAAUUCGAUAUUAAGUAUUUUGGUUGGAUAGGUUGUAAAAAUACGCUUGAUUUGGUCAGAUUUCUUUAACGAAUGAUGGAAAAUGAGCCUAAAAGGCAUAAAUAUGGUGCGAUAAAAUACCUAAAUGGAUUAUGGAAUAGACAAUAUCAGAGUUGGUUAUAGUAUGUUGAAUCUGAAAAUGGCGUAAAUGCGAAAUUUAAUCACAAUUUUUUUUUAUAUACAUCGAAAAACAUCGCUUGCCUAUCGUUGCGAUAUAGCAUUGUUUCAAUGUGUGUAGGCCCCACUCAUGUACGAGUCGAACGCUGAAAAAAACUUUUCUUUUAUUGUAGAUCCAGUUUAAAAAAAUUAUAAUUUUGUCUCUACUUUUUGAAAUAAAAAAAUGUUUUUAGUCGCAUUAUACGCCAUUUGAGACUCACAGUUUAUGGUAUUUGAAGUUAUUAUAGAGCAUACCAAAACAAGCUAUUAAAUGGUAACAAUGUCAGGAAUCUUUAUAGCUUUCGUCACACACAUGCAAUAUUAAAAUUUGUAAUUAAUUUUGUACUAUUAUGUUUGCUCGAAAGAAAAAUCUAUAAAGUUUCUCGAAUUUUCUAUAGUAUUGGUAUGAAAAGCAAUAAUUGUCUGGGUGCAUGUGUGUUGCAGUGGUAGAGAGCUCGGUCAGAAUGACGUCAAAGAUGGAAAUUUUGUGUUCCUUAAUUUAGUAUAAGUACCCGAUGGCUAUAUAAAUAUGAACUUUAAUUGUGAGUCAAUAAGGGUUAUUCAUGAUUUCUCACAUAAUGUAAAAACAUUUUCUUGUAUACGUGCUUCCAUGAUAAGCUUGCAUUGACAGUAAUGCUUCUUUCGUGUUUCCUAAUAAGUGCUACUUCAUAGCUUUGUACUAAGUUUAUUUGUAAGGUAAUUUUAAGUUUCAAGGCCUAAUGUUCUGAUAUCGGGCAUUAUAGCGUCACAAUAUAAUAGCGCGCUGGAAUCAAAA